AUGCUACCAGCCCCAGGCAGGCUCCCAGCUAUGUUCCCAGGCUGGCUGGCUCUCGCCCUCUUGUCUGUGCUGAGCUUGGGUACCCAGGCCUUCAACAGCCAGCUUGUCAAGUGCUUUGAGGAUCCCCACUAUGAAGAGCUGCUGCAGCUGGCUCGAAAUGGACUGGGGCAGACAGCAGAGAGGAAACAAGUGGUGGUGAUUGGGGCAGGCAUGGCUGGGCUCACCGCUGCCAAGAUCUUGCAGGAUGCUGGCCACCAGGUGACCGUCCUGGAGGCCUCGGGCCGUGUGGGCGGAAGAAUCGAGACCCACAGAGUUCCUGGAGCACACUGGUACAUAGAGCUGGGUGCCAUGAGGAUCCCUAUCAAUCACAGGCUUUCCCAUGAGCUCAUCAGGAAAUUUGGGCUGAUGCUGAAGGAAUUCUGCCCUUGCAACAACCAGACCUGGGUGCUGGUCAAUGGAGUUCGGCAGCGCUCAGGGGCAGUGCAGGCUGACCCUGGCCUCCUGGGUUACUCAGUAAGAGCAGAUGAGGUGGGGAAGACGGCAGAGCAGCUUUUUGAUGAAUCACUGAGGAAGAUUGUGGAAGAGCUGAAGAACAGCAGCUGCCGUGAGGUCCUGGAGAAGUAUGACUCCUUCUCCACCAAGGAGUAUCUGAUCAAGGUGGGGAACCUGAGCCGAGGGGCUGUGCAAAUGAUCGGCGACCUGCUGAACACAGACUCCGGCUACUACGAGGCCUUUACAGAGACCCUGCGUGGGAUCAUCUCCUUCUUCCAGGAGCCCCGGUUUGAUGAAAUCGUUGGGGGCUUUGACCAGCUCCCCCAGGCCCUGCACAAUUCACUCCUCCCAGGGACUGUCUGGUUCCACUCACCAGCAGAGGGAGUGGAGAUGUCUGGAGACUGUGUCCAUGUUACCUACAGGACACCCGACCCUCUGCAGCCCAGGGCGAGACUGACUGCGGAUUUCGUGGUGGUGGCCACCACCGCUAAGGCUGCCCGGCUCCUCCGAUUCCAGCCAUCUCUCUCUCUCAGCAAGCAGGAUGCUCUGCGCUCAGUCCACUACAACAGUGCCACCAAAGUGAUCCUGGCGUGCACAGAGCGCUUCUGGGAACGAGAUGGCAUCUUCAGCGGCAAAUCUAGCACCGACAGGCCUUCCCGCUUCAUCUACUACCCCAACCACAUCUUCCCCAACGGCGCGGGCGUCGUCCUAGCCUCCUACACCCUGGAUGACGACUCCACCUUCUUUACAGCCCUGGACCACACUCGGGUGUUGGACAUAGUUCUGGAUGACCUAGCUGCUAUUCAUGAUCACCACAAAGAAGAGCUCCGUGCCCUCUGCCCCUACUUCACAGUCAAGAACUGGAGCCAGGACCCCUAUUCCAUGGGUGGUUUCGCCUUCUUCACCCCUUACCAGUAUGUGGACUAUGCCCAGGAACUCAGCCAGCCAGAGGGGCUGGUCUUCUUCGCAGGAGAGCACACAGAUCUGCCCCAUGGAUGGAUUGACACUGCUAUCAAGUCAGGGCUCAGGGUGGCAAAGGACAUUCAAGAGGCUGUGGACUUGGCUUUGACAAGGAACCCCAGAAACAUGAAAGGACACUUCUCCAAAAGUGAGCUGUAG